AUCAAGAGCUUACAACUGAUGCUAAUGAAGCAAUUAUUUUGGAUGAUGAAUCUAUAACUGAUGCUGAUAAAGCAAUUAUUUUAGAUGAUGAAUUUGAAAAUGAAGAUGAAUUUGUUGAUUAUUAUGAUAAAGAAAUAGCUAA